GACGCCUGUUUAAGCGCCGCUGCUGUUGAGCUCUCAGUGUGAUAGCUGCUACCAUGGAAGUGCAGUUCGCUCCCUUAAGACCUUGGGAUGAUUUCAUUUUGGGUUCAGCCCGUUUCGCCCAGCCGGACUUUCGAGAUUUAACAAAAUGGAACAACCGAGUGAUCAGCAACUUGCUCUAUUACCAGAGUAACUACUUGGUCAUGGCUGUCUGCAUCUUUGUAGUGAUCGGGUUUAUGAGCCCCUUGGAGAUCAUCCUUGGAGGAGCAGUGGUAGUGCUGAUAUUCAUGGGUUCCAUGUGGGCUUCGGAAAAUAAAGCGGCUAUUGGUCAUUUCAAGCGUCGGUACCCAACAACGUUUGUCUUGAGCAUCUUGCUGAUGAGCUACUUUUUCAUUUCCAUUGUCGGGGGAGUGAUGGUUUUCUUGUUUGGAAUCACUUUGCCGUUGCUUUUGAUGUUUGUACAUGCUUCUCUGAGGCUUCGUAACUUAAAGAACAAGAUCGAAAACAAGAUGGAAGAGGUUGGACUGAAGAAGAGCCCCAUGGGUAUCUUUCUGAAUGCCCUUGGUCAGGAACAGGAACAUCUCUCUAAAUUUGCAGAUAUGUUGGCAGCUCAAAGCAAAGACAAAUAAGGAGAACUGAGUAUUAAUUAGUUUGCAUCUUUAACUUGGUAUAUGUUGUGCAGUAUUCCUGGAAUAACAUUUUGCAAUCUGCAUACACACUGAUAUGAUGUGCAAUUGUCAAGAAUCCCAAAGUAAAAAUGGGUGUUAUUUUGUUUGCAGGGUAAAAUGUAUUGUAGAAAACAAACAUUUUGAUAUAGUGCCAGACAUUUUUUUUGGCUUUAUGUACUUUUCUUAGGUAAAGUAACUGCUAGCUAACAUGCCACUAUUACAGUAGUUCCUCUGGAUGACAUGUAUUCUUGAACAAUUUUUAUUGUGGUGUUGAGUUUGAUUUUGUUAAUUAGUUAAAGUUACUGUUUUAAAGUUUAGGGAUAUAUUCUUUAAGAUACGUUUUGUUCAUGGGUAUUUAAGAAUCAGGAUAUAUAAGCCUGAAUAGAUGAUGAAAAAUGGAAGCACUGUAUGACCCCUUCACAAGUUUCCAAUUGCUGUUUCUAAUGUAGAAAGCUCCACAGCCUUCUGUUUGGUAUGAUCUUGCGUUAGAAUAUAAAUGUUUUAUAUUGAUUUUUGAUCAUAGGUAUAUGGGGAGAUAAUUUAUCUUUGUAACGUGUAUUCAGUUGACUUUGAGGCCUGCCAUUAACUGGAAUAGCACAAAUCAUUGCAAAACUGGAUUCACUCCUAUAUCGAAACCUCCGAAGCCACACCACCAGGGAAAAUGUCAAGCGCCUGCAAUCUCACUCAAUUUUACCAAAUCUAAGUUUGGGAAAAAUGAAUUUAAGAAAAACAUGUCUUUUGGGAGCUCAGCUCAUUUACUAAUGCAGCUAUUGCAGUUGCGUAACUAUUUUACAGCUGCUAAAAUGUUUGGCAAACAGUUGUUUGUGAUAUUUAACUCUGCAGGUCCAAAGAUAUGCAACAUCUCUUGCAUGCAAUAAAGGCUACUUUAAAUUGUU